CAAACGAGCGUGGAAUAUGAGGUGAGUUCCACAAUUCAUCGGGUCCACGUUGUUAUAUCUGGUAUCGUUCUUUUAAGAGUGGAUUCGAUUCUCCCAGCAAUUCAGUCACAACAUAUAACUGCUUAGCCAUCUCACCUAGCAACCACCAUAACUCAGCCUCAAUCCAACCUCUAACACCAUCGCCAAUUUUCAUUUUUCUUUUUCUCAAAUACCUUUGUACAUAAACACCAAUUCAAUUCUUGCGUAUCCAAUCGAUAAGUCUUGUUGCAUUAAGUGUACAUCUCGUGUAUAGAUUCAAGUAUUGUACCCACUUUAGAUGAUGACUGCCAUAGGAAACGGUUCGUUGAUUUAUUGUGCUCAGUCGGAAUUUGACUGUGCUAAGACAUGGUCGACCAAGUUAGGGGUUUUAAAGCUAGGGGCAUGUAAUUGCUCAUUGGGCUUCAACAUUACCGGUACCAGCUUCUUAGCGCAUACGGAGACUUGUAGAACGUCUCGUAUCAACGGAAAAGCCGGAUACAAUUCAAACGAUGAAAUGACUGUAAAUGAUUGUCGUAGCUUUUCUGGUAAAAGUAUACCUCAGAUGUCUACAAACUGGAAUUCAGCAAACAUUGUUUGGCACAAGUGCUCUGUAGAGAAAAGCGACAGAGAGGAGUUGCUUAAGCAAAGGGGUUGUGUUAUAUGGAUAACUGGUCUCAGUGGUUCAGGGAAGAGCACCGUGGCAUGUGCUCUAAGUCGUGGUUUACAUGCUAGAGGAAAACUCACUUACAUCCUUGAUGGUGAUAAUGUUCGCCAUGGUCUGAAUCGUGACCUUAGUUUUGCAGCUGAAGAUCGGGCAGAAAAUAUAAGGCGGAUCGGGGAAGUGGCUAAGCUUUUGGCAGAUGCUGGAGUUGUUUGCAUUGCCAGUUUGAUAUCUCCCUACAGAAAGGAGCGAGAUGCCUGCCGUGCUUUACUGCCUGAAGGGGAUUUCAUUGAGGUGUUCAUGGAUGUUCCUCUACAUGUAUGUGAGGCAAGGGACCCUAAGGGAUUGUAUAAGCUUGCUCGAGCGGGAAAGAUAAAAGGCUUUACUGGUAUUGAUGAUCCAUAUGAGCCACCCCUGAAAUCAGAGAUAGUGUUGCGUCAGAACCAAGGGCUAUGUGAUUCUCCUAAUGAUUUGGCUGAUGUGGUCAUCUCAUACUUGGACAAAAAAGGAUACCUGAAAGCUUAACUGCUCCGGACCUUAUCUUCAGGCGAAGCUACAUGUUUCCUUGCGUAUAAGUGGAUAAUAAUAUAUGUAGAUUGAGCUAAUUUGUAAACUAAAGGCCUAGCCCUGCUAUUAUACAGGGUUAGGAUCUGAUCGCAGAAAGAAGCAUUGCAUUCA